AUGCAUACAAUCCCACGCCUUGCGCGAACACGAGAUCGUCGCUCCUUCGCAACCACAGCAGCCACAAUCAUCGAUCCACCCUUCUUCACCCCCGCAAAUUUGCUCAUUCUCAUAUACCCUCACUCACUUACUUUAUAUUGGCCUCCCUCCCUCACCGCCAGCCUACUUACUUACAUUCGAUCCCUUCCUCCAGUUUCCACGGCCGGCAGGCUUAAAUAUGCCGACCCCAAAGACCUUCCCAGCUUCCCUUCCGCCGGCCUCAGCCAGAAUGCCGCCGCCGCCAGCGCCGCCGCCACCUUAGGAUGGGCCAACCAAAAGUCUCCUGAGCCCUGGCGACCUGACAAGACGUCCUCCGCAUCCGCCGCUGCGGUUCUCGCAAAGGAUUACAAGUCGUCGGCCACUUGGGAGCCCGCCAGCGACAGCGGCGCUAGCAAAGCUGCUCUCCUCGCCGUCGGCUCCGCCGGUGCCGCUCUCAAGCCGCGACCCGAAACCCCAAAGAAGUCAGCCCACGACAAUUGGGGCAACUCAGCGGCUACCCAGGCUUUCCAUGCCACUCGUCCAGCGUCCGCCGAAGCAUCAAGCGUGGCCGGCGGUGGUACCGCCGCAACUCAAGCCUUCCACAGCAACCGAGCUUCCACCAUCGAACACACCGCGCAGUCCUCCCCAAGCAAGUCGAUUGAGCAGCGUUCCCUCGCUGCUGCUAAGGGCGCCAUGGCUUCGUCCAAGAGCGACUCCGCGCGCCCCAGCUCCGCGAAGAAAGACAACUAUGCCCUAGAGGCGAGCGCCGCUUCGAGUGCUCUCAAUGGCGCUACGCUCGCCCACCGAAACUCUCUUAUGGUCCACAAGCCCACCAUCGAGGAGGUUGGCGCCGUUCCAAUCACAAACAUGACCCGAAACAUGUUUACCUCCCACCCGCCAGUCAAGCCCGAAACCGAUGAGGAGCGAAUCCACCAGACUGCCGUCGAGAUGGCCAAAAAGAUGUACCAGCACCAGCAAAAGAAGCUCGACCAGAAUAAGGGCGCGGAAAAGGAGCAAGAGAACACCCCGUUCGCUGGGACUUACCUCAACCUCCAAGACGCCGCGUACAAGCAGGCCCAGGAGCGCCUGGCCAAGCUGCACGACGAGCACCAGCAAAACCGCGAUGCGCAGGAGUACUACGGCAACUCUUCCUCGCCCCGCCGCAAAUUUUCCAUGGCUAACAAGCUGCGCCGCCGUGCCGAUAGCGAUCCCGUUCCCGAUGAUAAGGUCCAGUCCGAAAAGAUUCGCCAGCAAAUGUCCAUGUUCUCCAACAAGCUGUCCCAAGUCGACACCGAGAAGCGGGCCAAGGACCGCGAAGCCCUCCUCGCUGCCGCCCAGCGUAAUGUCAAAGCUCGUCUGCAAGGCAUGGACGAAAAAGUCUACAACGAGACCGGCAAGCGCAGCUCGAACAAGCUGAGUGACUGGGAAAUGAAGGCUCAGCAAGCUGCUCAGGCCCGGUCCGAUACACGUACCGAAAAUAAGGGCAAGAUUGAUAUCGGCGGGGGCAAAUUCAUGACCCAGGAAGAGAUUAAUGCUAUUGCCGCCAAGAGACUGCAGCCUGUGCUAGAUGACAUCAACGAAAAGGCAGAGAUUGAGCGUGCACGCAUAGCCACUUUGAAGGCGGAAGAAGACGCUAGACGCGAGGAGCUGGAGAGAAUCAAAGCCGAAGAACGCGCUGAGAAGGAAGAGGCCAAGAAAGCCAAGGAGCAAGAAAAGGCCGAAGAAAAGGCCAAGCGCGCCGAGGAAAAGCAGGAGGCCAAGGCCAAAAAGGAUGAGGAGAAACUCGAAGCCAAGGCCAAAAAGGACGAAGAAAAGACUAAGAAGGCGCAUGAGAAGGAAGAGCUCAAGGCUCGUAAGGAGCAGGAAAAGACAGAAAAGGCUGAGCAACAGCGUCUAGCUAAGGAAGAGAAGCGCAAAUCGAAGCUCGGCGGCGCUGCUGCGACCGCUCCCACGACAGCGGGGGAAACGGAAGCCGCGCCUGAGACGCACCCAUCCCACGAGGCUCACCCCGCCGCGGCCGAAGAAGACGAUGACAGCGACGACCUUUUGGAUACCGACGACGAGCACGACCGCCACAGAAGCAGUGCUGCCGAAUCUACACCCAGCCAUGGAGUCGAGACCACCGACACCGCUACCCCGCGCAAGUCGGUCGAAGGAUCCGCGUCAUCACAAAAGUCCAAGCCGGGCGUCAAAGGCUGGCUUAAGAAGCGCUUUUCCGUCUCACACAGCAAGCAUGACGAGGCCACCGCCGCCGCCACUGUCACCACCACCAAGAAAGAUUCGAGCGAGAAACGUCGCAGCUUCUUUGGCGGCUCCUCCAAGGCCAAGGCCCAUGACCCCGUCACCAGCUUGGAGAACCGGUCGUCCAGCAUGCGUGAUGUGGCCCUCGCCGGCAAGGACGAGGUAGCAUCUUCCACCGCAAAGAAGUCCGAGGACGUCGACAAGGCCCCCGCUCUCGAGAUCAAGGAACCCGAGGCCAAGCUGGCCACUUCCUCUGCCACCGCCGCCGCCCACGAACCCGUCGUCACGCACCACAAGCCCGCGACCGCCAAGGACAAGGCCGACUCGCGCGGCGUCAGCCCCAUCAGCUCACCCGUCGAGGAACACGCCGCUCCGGUCGAUGCGCACCCUCAUACCGACACACUCGCGCUACCCAAGCCCAUCGAGGACGACCGCCGUCGGAGCAGCAGCAGCCUUGCCCGCGAUUCCCGCUUCAUAGAGGAGAUGUAG